AUGAGGCUUGUGCAGGAUAACAGACCAGUCUCCACUAAACCCCCAGGAUCCUCUCUGCCUCCUGGGAAAGCCAAAACCCAGCAAAUGCCACCUGUUUUUUUCCAUCAGGGACAGAGCACCCUAUGUUCACCAGCCCAUGGCACCAAGACAUAUUACCCAGCAGCACAGCUUGAUCAGAAGGGAGGCUUAGGACUGGACCCAGGAAGACCUCCUGGCGGUACUUCUUACUUGCUGAAUUCUGUGGAAGUCUGGGGUCCCGGGAGCAGGACUGGGGCAGUGGCUUUUACCAACAGGUAUGGAAGUACUUGA